UGGGCGGAGCAGGGAGUUAGUUGCCGCCUCUGGGUUAACUGGACUCAGGCGGCCAAACCUCCGGAGGCCGGGGGCGGCAGGAAGGCCCGUAGUAGAUCCCGGAUCCAGGAUUUCCCGGGCAGGACCGGAAUCAGGAUCGGCUCUGCCCCAAACUUGGUCCGUGAGGAACUCGCGAACUUGGAUUAGGAAAUCCCGGAACCCGGAUCAACAAACCCCCAGAACCCGGAAUUUAGAUCGGAAAGUCCCGGAGCGCGGAGCGGACUCUGUGCGGAGCCCGGAGUCCGGAUUACGGUACCCUCGGACGGGACGGAGCGAUGUCCGGCCGUGGCGCGGGCGGGUUCCCGCUGCCCCCGCUGAGCCCCGGCGGCGGCGCGGUGGCCGCGGCUUUGGGAGCGCCGCCUCCGCCAGCGGGCCCGGGCAUGCUACCCGGACCGGCGCUCCGGGGGCCCGGACCGGCUGGAGGCGUGGGGGGCCCCGGGGCCGCAGCCUUCCGCCCCAUGGGCCCCGCGGGCCCUGCGGCACAGUACCAGCGGCCUGGCAUGUCACCAGGGAGCCGGAUGCCCAUGGCUGGCUUGCAGGUGGGACCCCCUACGGCUCCCCCAUUUGGCGCGGCUGCUCCACUUCGACCUGGCAUGCCACCCACCAUGAUGGACCCAUUCCGAAAACGCCUGCUUGUGCCCCAGGCCCAGCCCCCGAUGCCCACCCAGCGCCGGGGGUUAAAGAGGAGGAAGAUGGCAGAUAAGGUUCUACCUCAGCGAAUUAGGGAGCUUGUCCCAGAGUCUCAGGCGUACAUGGAUCUCUUGGCUUUUGAGCGGAAGCUGGACCAGACCAUUGCUCGCAAGCGGAUGGAGAUCCAGGAAGCCAUCAAAAAGCCUCUGACGCAAAAACGAAAGUUGCGGAUCUAUAUUUCCAAUACAUUCAGCCCCAGCAAGGCGGAAGGUGACACUACAGGAACCACAGGGACCCCUGCUGGAACCUCAGCGGGGGACAAGGUGGCUUCCUGGGAACUCCGAGUGGAGGGAAAACUGCUGGAUGAUCCUAGCAAACAGAAGAGGAAGUUCUCUUCAUUCUUUAAGAGCCUCGUCAUUGAGCUGGACAAGGAACUGUACGGGCCUGACAACCACCUGGUGGAGUGGCACCGGAUGCCCACCACCCAGGAGACAGAUGGCUUCCAGGUGAAACGGCCUGGAGACCUCAACGUCAAGUGCACCCUCCUGCUUAUGCUGGAUCAUCAGCCUCCCCAGUACAAGUUGGACCCUCGACUAGCAAGGCUGCUGGGAGUGCACACACAGACGAGGGCCGCCAUCAUGCAGGCCCUGUGGCUUUACAUCAAACACAAUCAGCUGCAGGACGGGCAUGAGCGCGAGUACAUCAACUGCAACCGUUACUUCCGCCAGAUCUUCAGUUGUGGCCGACUCCGUUUCUCUGAGAUUCCCAUGAAGCUGGCCGGGUUGCUGCAGCAUCCAGACCCCAUUGUCAUCAACCAUGUCAUUAGUGUGGAUCCUAACGACCAGAAGAAGACAGCCUGUUAUGACAUUGAUGUGGAGGUGGACGACCCACUCAAGGCCCAGAUGAGCAACUUUCUGGCUUCUACCACCAAUCAGCAAGAGAUUGCCUCCCUUGAUGUCAAGAUCCAUGAGACCAUUGAGUCCAUCAACCAGCUGAAGACCCAGAGGGAUUUCAUGCUUAGCUUUAGCACUGACCCCCAGGACUUCAUCCAGGAAUGGCUCCGUUCCCAGCGCCGAGACCUCAAGAUCAUCACUGAUGUGAUUGGGAAUCCUGAAGAGGAGAGACGAGCUGCUUUCUACCACCAGCCCUGGGCCCAAGAAGCGGUGGGGAGGCACAUCUUUGCCAAGGUGCAGCAGCGAAGGCAGGAACUGGAACAGGUGCUUGGAAUACGCCUGACCUAACUGCUCAGGAAUUCCUUCCUUUCUUCCUAGCUCUGGAGCUGUCUCCUCCUCAGACUGGGAGGGACCGUGAUCUGGGGCUGCAGACAAGUAGGAUAUGGAUGGGGUGGAGGGUGUCUCCUGUCACCCUCUGCUUCCCCAGCUUUAGUUUCUUAAAGGUAGCGAUAGGAUUUCUUGUUGCUUGGUUCCGUAAGCCUUAUUGUUUCCUUUCCGUGUUGGCUUUAAUUGGGUUCACAACAGAUGCCUCCUCUGCCCCCUGCAGGCAGGCCCGAGUAGGACUGCUGGAGGCUGAGUGCUUCAACAUUGUAAUAGAACCUUUUCAGAACCAAAGGCCCCUGGCUUUGCUUGUUUACAGAUUCCCUUUUGGGGCAAGUGUCAGAGCUGGCUCUGGGGAGCUGGGCAAGGAAGAGGGGCACAGCUCACACUUCCUAGCCUUUCUAAACCAAAGUUCUUUGCCAUUCCUACCAGCCCAGCCUUGCUGCUGGUUUUUUCCUUUCCUUUGGGUAUUUGCACUAUUUGGGGAGCAGGUUUUUCUAUGCGGGAGCCACUUUUUUGUACAGGGGUAAGUUGGGGUCUUUCAGGGAGCCCUAUUUGGUGCUUCCUUCCUUAUUUUCUUUCCUCAAUCUAUGCAAGCGGCUCUGGCCGCCAUCAUCUCCUGGGACGUCAGAGGGCUGCCGCCACCCAACUCUUGGGCCCAGGGCGGUAAAGCCUCCUAGAGGAAGGGCACACUCGAGUUCCCUGGCAUGACCUGAGGUUCGUGGAGGGCAGCGGGAGAUGGAGAGAACUCUUGUGUCCCUUUGCAGCUUGGUAAGGAGGGUGGCCCUAGGGCUUGGCAAGUGCCACUUCUGGCAUGUUUGGAAAUUUACAAAUAAAUUCUUGUUUAUUGGUGGUA